GAUGGAGGAGGAGGCGGGGGGGCGGCGGGGCGCGCGCCGGGCGGCACCGGGGGGACCCCAGGGCUCCCGGGCGGCGCGGGCACAGCCCCGGUGCCCCGGCCGGCGCUGACGGACACGCGGCUCUGCGAGCCCCCCCGGGCCACCAUGGACCCCCAGAGCGACACAGAGGGGGGGUCCGGCCGCGAGCCCCCGCUGGAGCUGCUGCCCCGUGUCCCCCUGCACGCUGCCCUGCCCGCCCCAGGUGAGUGGGGGGCCAGCCCAGGUGUGCAAGGACAGGUGUGCAAGGACAGGUCAGGUGUGCAAGGACAGGUGCUGCCCCUCUUGCAGGUCCCCUCCCGUGUCCCCCAAUUCUGUGGGACACCCCCAUUGUUCCCCUCUCUGUCUGGGGGGGCCCUGGGCAGCGAGGGGUUAAACACCCCCUGUCCCUCUCGGGGGUGCUCAGGGUGGGCUGUGGCCCCACUGACCCCAAAGUGCCCCUUUGGCACCUCGGGGUUAUUUUUAGCCCCCCCCCGAGCGCUGCCCCCUCCCCGGGCUGGGUCCGCGUGGGGGGGAUGGAGCUCUUGGGGGCACCCCGGGGGUGGCAGUGCCGUGGGGCACGCUGCUGCUGGGGCUGGGGCCGGGGUCCCACGCGGUGCCCCCGCCCCGCAGCAGCAGCAGGAGGCCCUGGCAGCCCGGCGGCAGCAGGAGCUGGAGCAGCAGCGGCAGCGGGAGCGGCAGGAGCUGGAGCAGCAGCGCCUGGAGCAGCUCCAGAGCCUGCGCCCCAAGGAGCGGGGCCGUGACAGCGCCAUCGCCAGCACCGAGGUGAAGCUGAAGCUCCAGGAAUUCCUGCUCAGCAAGACGAAGGAGCCGGGCCCCGGCCCCCCCAACCAUUCCCUCCCCCAGCACCCCAAAUGUUGGGCUCACCACACCUCGUUGGACCAGAGUUCCCCCCCCCAGACCGGCAGCCCGGGGACCCCCCCGUCCUACAAGCUCCCCCUCCUCGGCACCUACGACGGCCGGGACGAUUUCCCGCUCCGCAAAACCGCCUCGGAGCCCAACCUGAAGGUGCGCUCGCGGCUGAAGCAGAAGGUGGCGGAGAGGAGGAGCAGCCCCCUGCUGCGGCGCCGCGACGGCUCCGUGCUCAGCGCCUUCCGCAAGCGCCACGUGGAGAUCACCGUGUCAUCGGUGUGCAGCAGUGCCCCCGGGUCGGGGCCCAGCUCCCCCAACAGCUCCCACGGUGCCCACAACGGCCUGGCCGCCUCUGUCCCCAACAUCCACAGCGAGCUCCUGCCCCAGCCCCGCGCCCUGGCCCUGGACGGGGCCCAGCUCAGCCUCUACACGUCCCCGUCGCUGCCCAACCUGUCCCUGGGGCUGCAGGCCACUGUCACCGUCACCAGCGCCCACCUCCCCGUGUCCCCCAAGCUGUCCCCACAGGCGGAGGGCGAGCGGCCGGGGGUGCCCCCGGGGGUGUCCCCGCUGCGCCCCGGGGCCGCCCUCACCGGGAAGUUCCUGAGCACGUCCUCGAUCCCGGGCUGCCUGCUGGGGGUGGCCCUGGACGGGGACGCCCCGGCCGGGUCCCCGUCCCUGCUGCAGCACGUGCUGCUGCUGGAGCAGGCGCGGCAGCAGAGCACGCUCAUCGCAGUGCCCCUGCACGGGCAGUCCCCGCUGGUGGCCGCGGAGCGCGGGGGCCCGGCCCGGGGCAGCCAGCUGCCGCGCCACCACCGGCCCCUGAGCCGCACGCAGUCCUCGCCGCUGCCGCAGAGCCCCCACGGCCCCCUCCAGCAGCACUUCCUGGACAAGCAGCAGCUCCAGCUGGCCAAGGUGGGCCUGGGGAGGGGGAGCGGGCAGUGCGAGCGGGGGAAACUGAGGCAGGGGAAGGGCUGGACAAAGGGGGGGGAGCUGGCCCGGCAGCCCCCCACCCACCCCGAGGAGACGGAGGAGGAGCUGACGGAGCAGCAAUCGCCCCCCCCGGGGGAGAGGGGCCCCCCCCUCGUGUCCCCCGAUGCUGGGGACCCCCCGGAGCAGCCGCAGGACCCCGAGGGCUGCCAGGAGCCGGGUGACAGCGGGGACGAGGCCGAGGCCCCUGGGGACCCCGACGUCACCGAGCUGGGAGUCACCUACAAGCAGGUGUACCCCGAGGCGCCGCUGCAGCUCUUCCCCGCGCCCCCCCUGGGGGUCCUGGCUCUGCCCCACCCCGCCCUCGCCCGCACCCAGUCGUCCCCGGCCAGCGUCAAGCCCCCCCAGCCCGAGGGGCCCCCCAAGCACCUCUUCACCACAGGUGUGGUGUACGACACGUUCAUGCUGAAGCACCAGUGCACGUGCGGGAACACCACCAUCCACCCCGAGCACGCCGGCCGCAUCCAGAGCAUCUGGUCCCGGCUGCAGGAGACGGGGCUGCUGGGCAAGUGCGAGCGGAUCCGGGGCAGGAAGGCGACGCUGGAGGAGAUCCAGACGGUGCACUCGGAGCACCACGCGCUGCUCUACGGCACCAGCCCCCUGAACCGCCAGAAACUGGACAGCAAAAAGCUGCUGGGUCCCAUCACUCCGAAGACGUACGCGGUGCUGCCGUGCGGGGGCAUCGGGGUGGACAGUGACACGGUGUGGAACGAGCUGCACUCGUCCAGCGCGGUGCGCACGGCCGUGGGCUGCCUGCUCGAGCUGGCCUUCAAGGUGGCCGCAGGGGAGGUCAAGAAUGGCUUCGCUGUCAUCCGCCCCCCAGGCCACCACGCCGAGGAGUCCACGGCCAUGGGCUUUUGCUUCUUCAACUCCGUGGCCAUCUCAGCCAAGCUGCUGCAGCAGCGGCUCAGCGUGGGCAGGAUCCUCAUCGUGGACUGGGACAUCCACCACGGCAACGGGACCCAGCAGGCCUUCUACAGCGACCCCCACGUGCUCUACAUCUCCCUGCACCGCUACGACGACGGCAACUUCUUCCCGGGCAGCGGGGCCCCCGAGGAGGUGGGCAGCGGGCUGGGCGUGGGCUACAACAUCAACAUCGCCUGGACCGGCGGCGUGGACCCCCCGAUCGGGGACGUGGAGUACCUGACAGCCUUCAGGACGGUGGUGAUGCCCAUCGCCAAGGAGUUCUCCCCGGACCUGGUGCUGGUCUCCGCCGGCUUCGACGCCGUCGAGGGCCACCUGUCCCCGCUCGGUGGCUACUCCGUCACCGCCAAGUGUUUCGGGCACCUGACGAAGCAGCUGAUGAUGCUGGCGGGGGGCCGGGUGGUGCUGGCGCUGGAGGGGGGACACGACCUGACGGCCAUCUGCGACGCCUCCGAGGCCUGUGUCACCGCCCUGCUCGGCCUCGAGCUGGAGCCCCUGGACCCGGCCCUGCUGCAGCAGAAGCCCAACGUGAACGCGGUGGCCACGCUGGAGAAGGUCAUCGAGAUCCAGAGCCGGCACUGGGGCUCGGUGCGGCGCUUCGCCGCCGCCGUGGGCCGCUCCCUGCUGGAGGCGCAGCGCGGGGACACCGAGGAGGCCGAGACGGUGACAGCCAUGGCCCUGCUGUCCGUGGGCGCCGAGCGCGGCGCCGCCGAGCCACAGCCCAGGCCAGCAGAGGAGCCGAUGGAGGCCGAGCCCACGCUCUGACCCGCCCAGAUCAUCACCAAGGAACACCUGGAAAAGAUGAAAAACACACAAAAAAAAAUCACAGUAAAAG